UCUAUUUUAAUGUUAUCAAAUUCCAAGGGAAAGAGCUCAGGGCUGGGAGUUUGCUUUCUCAACUUCCAUAUGUUGCCACUCAGGAGCAAGCAGACCCCAGCACCGUGUGAAUAUUUGUCCCCGCAGUCAAAGGUGUGAGGUAUAAAUACCCCACCAGGGGAGGGGUCUCCUCACAAUAAACUUGGACACAGAAGAUAGAGGAUGAAGGGGAUGGCUCUGCAAGGAUAUAACCUUCUGCAUUGGUGAUUGGACUUAUCUUUGAGGCCUUCAGAGGAGCAGAAGAUCUAGACUAGAAAUUGAGGUGGACACAUCUUGGAUCAAGGGGCUCAGAGAACAUCUUUAGGAAUUUGGAACCAUCUUGAAGGAUGUACCAAAGUCUUGCAAUGGGUGCUAAUCAUGGACCCCCAUCAUAUGAAGGGGCUGGGGGCUUCAUGCACAGUGCUGCUGCUACCUCUCCUGUCUAUGUCCCAACCACCAGGGUGUCCUCCAUGAUCCCCAGCCUUCCUUAUCUCCAAUCCAGUGGUCACGCUCAGCAAGGGAGUCCAGUGUCAGGCCAUAACAUGUGGGCACAGGCAGGUGCAGAGAGCUCAGCUUACAACCCUACCACCCCUCACCAGCCUGUGUCACCUCGCUUUGCCUUCUCUUCUAGCCCCCCUAUCACUGCAGCCUCUUCCAGAGAAGUCUCCUACAGCAGCCCCCUGGCCAUCACCAGCAAUGGAAGAGAGCAAUAUGGCAGAGGCCAUCUCAGUGCCACCUACUCUAGCCCCUACCCUGCCUAUGUCACCCAGGACAUGGGUGCUGCCUGGACUACUUCUCCAUUCGACAGCUCCAUGCUGCACAACCUGCAGAACAGGGGGGGACCCGGAACCCCAAGACACCCCAACAUAGAAUUUUUCGAUGAUUUCUCAGAAGGCCGAGAAUGUGUCAACUGUGGAGCAAUGUCUACCCCUCUUUGGAGGAGGGAUGGUACAGGCCACUACCUAUGCAAUGCAUGUGGGCUGUAUCAUAAGAUGAAUGGUAUCAACCGCCCGCUGAUCAAGCCCCAACGAAGGCUGUCCGCUUCCCGCCGUGUUGGCCUCUCCUGUGCCAACUGCCAUACAACCACUACAACCUUGUGGCGUCGAAACGCAGAGGGAGAGCCUGUAUGUAACGCCUGUGGACUAUAUAUGAAGUUGCAUGGUGUUCCUAGACCUCUAGCAAUGAAGAAGGAGGGCAUCCAGACAAGGAAACGAAAACCAAAGAAUCUGAGCAAGUCUAAAACUCCAGCAGGACCAAACGGCACUGAGAACCCCACUCCAUCUACUACCACUACAGAAGACAUGCGCCCCAUAAAAAUUGAACCCGGACUGUCGCCUCCUUAUGGACAUUCAGCAAUAUCUCAGGCAUCAGCUUUAUCCACUAUCACAAGUCAUGCGUCAUCUAUUCAUUCGAUGAUGGGUCUCAAGCUAUCUCCUCAAUCUUUUCACUCUUCAGUCAACACAUCUCCUCAAGCCAGCUCCAAAAAUGACUCCUGGAAUAGCUUGGUCUUAGCUUAAUUCAACUCUCCCUCUGGCCUUCAGCACCUCCAGUCAUGGCUUGAACAUUCGGUUUAUCAUCCAAAGGAUUUGGUCAUUGUACAUCAUAAUAAAAAACUGCCAGAGGAGAUGUCGCUGAAAAAUAAAAAAGUAAAAAAUUCUGGGCUCUCGAGAGUGAGAGAGUUUCAGCUACUUUAGAAUUGAAAGGAACUUCUAGCAAAGUAAUUUAAUGUUUAUUCUUAUAGCAAAAGACUUUUAUACAUUGGACGGUAUUUAAUGUGAAUGGACAGAAAAGCUGCUGGAGAAAAAUCAAUGUUUCUCCGUACCAAAAUCAUGCUUGCCAGAAACCGUUUAAAAAACGACAGCAAAUUUUGAAGGGGUGGGGGGGGACAUUGUACAUUAAGGAGCAACACUGGAAGUGUCUGGAAAUCUUUCAGCUUCAUUUGCAUUUAUCGUUAUUGUUGUGGAAAUCAGUGCUAAUGAAAUUCAAAAUAAGAAAAGGACAUUUUGUUCUUCAUCAAGAAGGGGGUGCUCCCAAACGCUACCACUGCUGUAAGCCUUUUUUUAACCAGUUCCGAGGUAAAUCGGUUACUUGUUCUUACGUUUAUCCAAGCAAAUGGCAGAAUUGGUUCCAUUUUAGUCUCUCCCUUUCCAGUGGGUUCUUAAGUAGUUAUGGUGCACGUCUUAUUAACAUGAAAAUUUGCGCAAAUUUAAGAACUUUGUAAUAAAUCCAUAAGUGUUGGUGUUUCCUUAUCCAUGCAGGAAGCCACCAAUUACCCUGUAAAAAUCAGAUCCACACAGUGAAGUUUGGAAAAAAAAAGUGUUAUUUAAGCUUCGUCAAUCUGUAGUUUUGUAAAAUGCUGAGUAAAAUGAAGCUAGAAUUAUAUUCUGCAGUUUAUUUAAAUAUGACUUUUGCAUACAUUUCAUCACAUCGACUGUUAUGAUGCCCUGUUUUGAGGGUAGUUGACUGCUCAUUCGAAGAUCAUCCCAGUCAUAAUCUGAGCAAAUAACCACACUCCAUUCAGGUUGGAAAAAAUGGAUGGAAUUGCUUGCAGCUUGUAUAUUAAGUGGUGGGAAUAACUUUUUGGAAGAAAAGAUCAAUUUCUCAUAGAAUUUUGCUUAGUCCACACCAAGGUGGCUGCCUCUAAUUCUUGUGGAUAUCAGAUACGGAACAUGUUUGGUUCCUUUGUACACUUGAUGGCUUGUCUUUUUACAAAGAGAAACAGUCACAACAGACUCUGUCGUAUGGGAAAGUUCAUGGCCAGUGUCAGUACCAGGUACAUCUAGCCAAAUGCAAGGAUGCAAUGGAUUUGAGGGACCCACGGUAAUGUAAAUAGAUGGGAAGACAGAGGGCAAUGAGUUUUUCUGUUAGAGAGUUUGACACUUUUGAAGACAGAAUGGACAUAAGACUUCUUUAUCUUUGGAUCUUUUCUACUUAAAUUACAACAAUCGUGACCAUUCUUUCAGAAGUCAACAUGAUCAACCAUUUGUGAUGCCAAUGGCAGAUAGUUUUAGCCAAAAUGUGAUCUCUCAGGUUGAAUUCCACUAGUUUUUAGCUCCUAGUAUUUAGACUCCCAUGUUGAUGGUCCGAUCAUGUGUACAGGUGAUUAAUUAGCCACUCUCUAUAAGAUCAUGAUCUUAUUCGAAUAGCCAGGUGUAGGCAUAUAGGAAACCUCCUUGCAUGCUUGCCAUUUUUCCUGCCAAGGUCCUGCCCUGAAUCUUUUUCCAUACAACCAACCAGAAAUGCGGAAAGGAGAGGUCAUCUCAAAUAAGGGUCAAUAUGUGCAUAAUAUAGAGGGAAAUGAAAAUCAGCCACAGAAAAAUCUGGUCUAAAUGAGGUGUGGUGUUCUCAAGAAGUGUUCUUUUGAUGAGGUUUAACCAACGUCUUACUGAACUGACAAAAGAUACAUAGAAGGUUCCCAUUCCAAAAUGUAAAACUCAAGAUUCUGAGAUAUCUGCAGAGACAUUUCUACAUAUAGUAAAGUUCUUUGCCCAUGACAAUUAUCUUUAAAGUUUCAUAGCACUCCAGAAAUAAAUUUUGCCUUUAAAAAAUAUCUGUUGUUUUACAUAUAUACAGCAAGAAUUCUCAAAAAAAUAAUUAGCUUUUCACCUCAGCUCUAAGCACUGGGUAGACAGAGUCCCACCAAUAUGGCAGCCUGAGGAAUGUAGUCACUAGUGAAGGCAGCCCUUUCGGGUCUUAAUCUGUAUAUACAAAAAUUUUGCUAGCAAAUUAUCAGAUUUUCUUAGAAUCAUGUCAACAGCUCCUUUUUGAAUUUUCCAUAGUCAUGGCUCUCUGCAGACAACCAUCGUGUGGAAUAAUCAGCUAUGAAAGGAGACAGGGAAUAAUGACUGGCUAUGUGCUUUUUGUUGUCUCUCCAUGCCCUGACAUUAUUGUGAUUGGACAGGAAGUCAUAAAAAGAAUGUCCAGGUUUCGAGGGUAAUGAAUAAUAGCGACUUCUGUCAUAACUUCCACCAUCUUCUAAACAUGCAAUUGCAAAUCAAUGUACAUGAUUGAUGAGAAUGUAUGUCAUAAAGGUAACUUAAAUUCAAUGACUUAAGGGUUUCUGAUGAUGAUAAAUGUUUUUCUUAUUAUUGAACUUGUGAAACUAAAAGUUUUACUCUUCCUUUAUUGAGUUGAUUUAUAAAGCGACAAAAGGCAUAAAACACCAACACACAGGUAAAACGUUCCAACAUGAAGUGGUCGCAAACUACUUCUAACAACCAUCCAAAAUUCAGAAAAUAAAACAGAC